AUGUUGACUCAUGGAUCGUUAGCUGCGAAUGCUGAAGCUCUCGUGCAUGCAUGGAGAUUCAAACAAAACGAUAAAUUACUCCACAUGCUUCCUUUUUACCACGUACAUGGCAUGUUCAUCUCCCUCAAUUGCUCAAUAUUUUCGCACUCUACAGUUGUGUGGAGAGAACAAUUUUCCAUUGGAGACUGUUUGAAGUGGUUACCGUCAUCAACAGUCAUGAUGGGUGUUCCUACAUAUUAUAGGUAUAGUCCAUUAUCGUGCGAAGAGAGUGGCCAUAUAAGCAAAGAGGAUGCGAACGCCAUCUUAUCAUCUUUAGAGCGCGCGUUAGGCGCAGAACGCAACAUGAUCGCCUUCAGGUCCGCUUAGCU